UCUGCCCAGACCCCAGAGGACGUUUCCCCUUGGCCUCUCCCUCUUCCCAGUGCCUCCGAACCUGGCUUGGAUCAGUGGGACCAGGCGCUGUGCGGAGCCCUAGCUGCCGGGGCCACGGCACUGCGGUGGGCAGGGGGCUCCGGUGGGCAGCUCCAGCCCACAUGGUGCUGACGUCGCUUCGGAGACGCCACGAGCUUUGCUGACCUGGAGCCUUCCCGGCGGGGGCCAGAGGUCGUUGCCAAGAAUGAGCAUCCUUCCCGGCCCUGGAAUGUCUUCGUUCAUCCCUCUCGUGACCCUCCUGUCCUUGCUCCUGAUUGCUUGCGUGGCUGAAAGUCCCCCCGUGUUCAUUAAAAAGCCAGUGGACCAAAUUGGUGUAUCGGGAGGCGUGGCUUCUUUCGUGUGCCAAGCCACUGGAGACCCCAAGCCUCGGGUCACCUGGAACAAGAAGGGGAAGAAAGUGAACUCGCAGAGGUUUGAGACGAUUGAAUUUGAUGAAAGCGCCGGCGCCGUCCUAAGGAUCCAGCCCCUCCGGACACCCAGGGAUGAGAAUAUUUACGAGUGCGUCGCCCAGAACCCGCAUGGGGAAGUCACCGUCCAGGCCAGGCUCACCGUCCUCCGAGAGGACCAGCUGCCUCCUGGCUUCCCAAAUAUCGACAUGGGGCCCCAGCUGAAGGUGGUGGAGCGUACACGGACAGCCACGAUGCUGUGUGCGGCCAGCGGGAACCCAGAUCCCGAGAUCACCUGGUUUAAAGAUUUUCUGCCUGUUGACCCCAGUGCCAGCAAUGGGAGGAUAAAGCAGCUGAGAUCAGAGACCUUUGAAGGUACUCCGAUCCGAGGUGGCCUGCAAAUCGAGAGCAGCGAGGAGACGGAUCAGGGGAAGUAUGAAUGUGUGGCCAGCAACAGCGCCGGGGUGCGCUACUCGUCACCCGCUAACCUUUACGUGAGAGAGCUACGAGAAGUUCGUCGGGUGGCCCCGCGCUUCUCCAUCCUGCCCGUCAGCCAUGAAAUCAUGCCCGGGGGCAACGUCAACAUCACCUGCGUGGCAGUGGGUUCACCCAUGCCCUAUGUAAAAUGGAUGCAGGGCGCAGAGGACCUGACGCCAGAAGAUGACAUGCCGGUGGGCCGCAAUGUCCUAGAGCUCACCGAUGUCAAGGACUCGGCCAACUAUACCUGCGUGGCCAUGUCCAGCCUGGGAGUCAUAGAGGCUGUGGCCCAGAUCACGGUGAAAUCACUCCCUAAGGCUCCUGGAACACCUAUGGUAACAGAGACCACUGCAACAAGCAUCACCAUCACGUGGGACUCCGGGAACCCCGAUCCCGUGUCCUACUACGUCAUCGAGUACAAGUCUAAGAGCCAGGACGGCCCUUACCAGAUCAAAGAGGAUAUCACCACCACCCGCUACAGCAUCGGGGGACUCAGCCCCAACUCGGAGUAUGAGAUCUGGGUGUCGGCCGUCAACAGCAUUGGGCAGGGGCCUCCCAGUGAGUCUGUGGUGACCCGCACUGGGGAGCAGGCGCCGGCUAGCGCUCCUCGCAACGUCCAGGGACGCAUGCUGAGCAGCAACACCAUGAUCAUCCAGUGGGAAGAGCCAGUGGAGCCCAACGGGCAGAUCCGUGGCUACCGGGUGUAUUACACCAUGGAGCCGGACCAGCCCGUCAGCAACUGGCAGAAGCACAACAUGGACGACAGCCUCUUGACCACAGUGGGCAGCCUCCUGGAGGACGAAACCUACACCGUCCGGGUCCUGGCCUUCACGUCCGUGGGAGAUGGGCCUCUCUCUGACCCCAUCCAGGUUAAAACACAGCAAGGAGUUCCUGGGCAGCCGAUGAAUUUCCGAGCAGAAGCUAAGACCGAGACCAGCAUCCUGCUCUCGUGGAGCCCUCCCCGUCAGGAGAUCAUAGUGAAGUAUGACCUCCUCUUCCGGGAAGGAGACCACAGCAGGGAGGUGUCGAGGACCUUCGAUCCCGCAACCUCAUUCAUGGUGGAAAACCUGAAGCCCAACACUGAGUAUGUCUUCCGGCUGGCUGCCCGCUCAGAUCUGGGCCUGGGGGCCUUCACCCCGGAGGUCCGGGAGCGCACCCUGCAGUCUAAACCGUCUGCCCCCCCUCAAGACGUAAAAUGCGUCAGCACCAGAUCCACCGCCAUUCUGGUAAGUUGGCGGCCCCCGCCGGCCGAGAGCCAAAACGGUGUCCUGGUUGGAUACAGCAUCCACUACCGAGCACUGGACUCUGAGGACACGGAGCUUAAGGAGGUGAACGAUAUCCCCCCAACCACGAAUCAGAUCCUCCUGGAGUCGCUGGAGAAGUGGACAGAAUAUCGCAUUGCCGUGGUGGCGCACACGGAGGUGGGGCCGGGCCCGGAGAGCUCGCCUGUAAUCGUCCGAACCGACGAAGAUGUGCCCAGUGCCCCACCUCGGAAAGUGGAGGUGGAGGUCCUGAACUCGACUGCCAUCCAGGUGUUCUGGCGCUCGCCAGUCCAGAACCGCCAGCACGGCCAGAUCCGCGGCUAUCAGGUCCACUACGUACGCAUGGAGAACGGGGAGGCCAAGGGCUUGCCCCAGAUCAAGGACGUCAUGCUGGCGGAUGCCCAGUGGGAAACGGAUGACACCGCUGAAUACGACAUGAUCAUUGCUGGGCUCCAGCCCGAGACUGCCUACUCCAUUACGGUGGCUGCCUACACCAUGAAGGGGGAUGGCGCUCGCAGCAAACCCAAACUGGCUAUGACCAAAGGCGCAGUUCCAGGGAAGCCAAUCCUGUCCGUGCACCAGACUCAGGAGAACGCUCUCCUGGUGAAGUGGGAGCCCCCCUUGGAGGCAGAGGGCCAGGUGAUGGGCUACCGGCUGCAGUUCGGGCGCCAGGACAUCGCCCCCCUAGCGACUUUGGAGUUCGCGGCCCAGGAGGAUAAGUACACGGCCGUCAACAUCCACAAAGGCGCCACGUACGUGUUCAAGUUGGCCGUGAAAAGCCGGGCUGGCUUUGGGGAGGAAGCCGUGCAGGAGCUCACCAUCCCAGAAGACAUCCCCAAGGGUUACCCCCAAAUCCUCGAGGCGAGCAACAUCUCCUCCAUGUCGGUCCAGUUCGGCUGGCUCCCCCCCGUGCUGGCCGAGAGGAACGGCGCCAUCGUCAAGUAUACCGUGGCCUACUGGGAAGCCGGUUCCCCCAGUAACCUGUUGGAAAAAGACCUGCCCCCCUCCCCAGAGAACUCAUACACCCUCAACGGCCUCAAACCCAACACCGCCUACGAUGUUAAAAUCCGUGCUCACACCAGUAAAGGCCCCGGGCCAUACAGCCCAACCGUCCAGUAUCGGACGUUCCAGCUGGACCAAGUUUUACCCAAAAACUUCAAGGUGAAGCUGGUGACGAAGACGUCUGUCCUCCUCAGCUGGGAGUUCCCCGAGAACUACAACUCUCCCGUCACCUACAAGAUCCAGUACAACGAGGAUAGCAUCAAAGUGGAAGGCCACACCACCAAGAAGCUCAUCACCAAUCUGAAGCCCCGCACCUUCUACAACUUCGUCCUGACCAACCAAGGCAACAGCAUGGGUGGCCUGCAGCAGAACGUGGCGGCCUGGACCGCCUCGGACAUCCUGACCAAGAAGCCAGAGGUGACCCACCGGGCUGACAUCGAUGGCAGCGUGGUGGUAAUCCUGCCAGACGUGAAGACCACAGUGCCUGUCCAGGCUUACUACAUUGUAGUGGUGCCUCUGAAGAAAUCCCGCGGCAACCCCAUGAGCAGCCCUGAGGAGAUGGACCUGGAGGAGCUCGUGCAGAACAUCUCCAGGGUUCAGCGCCGCAGCCUGCGCCACUCCCGGCACCUGGAGGUCGCCAAGCCAUACAUCGCCGCCCGGUUCCGCGUGCUGCCCUCCCACUUCCUCCUGGGCGACAUGAAGCAUUACGACAACUUCGAAAACAAAGGCCUGGAAGCCGGGCAGAGAUACGUCAUCUUCAUCCUAGCCGUCCUCCAGGACUCUGAGGCGACGUUCGCAGCCAGUCCUUUCUCUGACGUGAUCCAGCUGGACAACCCCGACCCGCAGCCGAUCAUCGACGGGGAGGAGGGGCUGAUAUGGGUCAUCGGGCCGGUCCUGGCCGUGGUCUUCAUCAUCUGCAUUGUCAUUGCCAUCCUGCUCUAUAAAAACAAGCCAGACAGCAAACGGAAGGAUUCGGAGCCACGGACGAAAUGCCUCUUGAACAACGCUGAGAUCACCCCUCACCACCCCAAGGACCCCGUGGAGAUGAGACGCAUCAACUUCCAGACGCCAGAUUCUGGUCUGAGCAGCCCUCUCAGUGACCCUGAGUUUGACUUUGAAAGUAUGCUCAGCCACCCGCCGAUCCCCAUCGCCGAGCUGGCAGAACACACGGAGCACCUCAAAGCCAACGACAACUUGAAAUUAUCCCAAGAGUACGAGUCCAUCGACCCAGGCCAGCAGUUCACUUGGGAGCACUCGAACCUCGAAGUGAACAAGCCCAAGAACCGCUACGCAAACGUGAUCGCCUACGACCACUCCCGCGUCAUCCUGCUGCCCAUCGAAGGGAUCGUGGGCAGCGACUACAUUAACGCCAACUACAUAGAUGGCUACCGGAAGCAGAACGCCUACAUUGCCACCCAGGGCCCCCUGCCUGAGACCUUCGGAGACUUCUGGCGGAUGGUGUGGGAGCAGCGUUCGGCGACCAUUGUGAUGAUGACCAAGCUGGAGGAGAAAUCACGGAUAAAGUGUGACCAGUACUGGCCUGGCCGGGGCACAGACACGUACGGGAUGAUUCAGGUUACGUUGCUUGACACCAUCGAACUGGCCACGUUCUGCGUUCGGACCUUCUCCCUUCACAAGAACGGCUCCAGCGAGAAGAGGGAGGUGCGCCAGUUCCAGUUCACGGCAUGGCCGGACCACGGUGUGCCCGAGUACCCGACCCCAUUCCUGGCUUUCCUGAGACGUGUGAAGACCUGCAACCCGCCCGACGCUGGCCCGAUUGUGGUGCACUGCAGCGCGGGCGUCGGACGGACCGGCUGCUUCAUCGUGAUCGACGCCAUGCUGGAGAGGAUAAAGCAUGAGAAGACAGUGGACAUUUAUGGACACGUCACCCUCAUGAGGUCACAGCGCAACUACAUGGUGCAGACGGAGGAUCAGUACAGCUUUAUACACGAUGCCUUGCUCGAAGCCGUGGCCUGCGGGAACACAGAGGUGCCGGCCAGGAACCUCUACACGUACAUCCAGAAGCUGGCGCAGAUAGAAGUGGGGGAGCACGUAACCGGCAUGGAGCUGGAGUUCAAGCGACUUGCCAACUCCAAAGCCCACACAUCCAGGUUCAUAAGCGCCAACCUCCCAUGCAACAAAUUCAAGAAUCGCCUUGUCAACAUCAUGCCAUACGAGACCACGCGGGUCUGCCUUCAGCCCAUCAGGGGAGUGGAGGGGUCAGAUUACAUCAAUGCCAGUUUUAUCGAUGGAUACAGACAACAGAAAGCAUACAUUGCCACUCAAGGGCCGCUGGCAGAGACCACCGAGGAUUUCUGGCGGAUGCUGUGGGAGAACAACUCCACCAUCGUUGUGAUGCUGACCAAGCUGCGGGAGAUGGGCCGGGAAAAGUGCCAUCAGUAUUGGCCAGCAGAGCGGUCAGCCCGCUACCAGUACUUUGUGGUCGACCCCAUGGCCGAAUACAACAUGCCUCAGUACAUCCUUCGAGAAUUCAAGGUUACUGAUGCCAGGGACGGCCAGUCACGAACCGUCCGUCAGUUCCAGUUCACCGACUGGCCGGAGCAAGGCGUGCCAAAAUCAGGAGAAGGUUUUAUCGACUUCAUCGGGCAGGUCCACAAGACAAAGGAGCAGUUUGGCCAGGACGGGCCAAUCUCUGUCCACUGCAGCGCCGGAGUGGGCAGGACCGGGGUGUUCAUCACGCUGAGCAUCGUCCUGGAGAGAAUGCGUUACGAGGGUGUUGUAGAUAUUUUCCAGACAGUAAAGAUGCUGCGAACACAACGACCUGCCAUGGUGCAGACAGAGGACGAGUACCAGUUCUGUUACCAGGCAGCUCUGGAGUAUCUCGGAAGUUUUGAUCACUAUGCAACAUAAAAAGCCAUCCGUUUUUGCAGACUGUACCAACCACUUAAGUCCUGGAAGGCCUCUUCUGACCCAGGAGGAGUGCUUGAACUUACAAAACUGAAUCAGAAGAAGUACCUUUUCAUUUGGACGAUGCCGUGGGGAGUGGGGGGAAGGAUUUGAAAGGCACGCCCUGUCAGGAACUCCAUGUUGUAACCUGGAACGUGAAGAGGCAGCUCAGGAGGGUGCUGAAGGACUAUUUUAAGUGGUGAACUGCUCUUGUUACCUCAAGUGGUGUUCGCUGUGGAGGAUGUCUGGACAUCAUCAAAACUGAUCCAAAAGCUAAAACAAACACCUUGCGAAACAUUACCGCUGAAGGGAGCUGAGAGAGCUGGGGAAGGGAAGGAAGCCGGCUCUGGUUACAUCAUUAGAGUUCAGUUUAUUUACUAAUAUAGUUGGCAGUCUUUAAAGGAAGUCACUUGCAGAGAAGGUGUCCUGUAGAAACAAAUCCAAUAAACCAGUCUCAGCAAACUCAAGGUCAGGAAUUCUUCUAGCUGGAGUCUUAAUAACCUCAGCAUCAUCAACCGGGAUGAUUCUGGGCUUAUGGGCACCUUGCAAUCGGCAUCCACUGAGUGCCUCUGCCAGGCAGGAGGGUUUGUAGCUCACCUUUUGAAUACUUGGAACAUUCCUCAUUUCUUCUAAUUCCAAAAUUUGUUUUUUAGGAUAUUUAAAAACGCUAGAGAUAUAAAAUAUAUAUAUAAAGCACGGCAGUACUCCCAGGCUCUGGGCACAGACUUGGCUAGGCUGAGCCCAGGUGCUGUCAGGUCAAGAUGGGUUUUCCCUAGCUGGGUUCACCGACCGUGGGUUUUCACCUCCUCUUUUCCACGCCUGCUGUUUCGAACGAGAAGUACAAAAACGCAGCGUCUUUCCCAUUCUCUUUGCACAUGUACCAUCCCCUUUUUUUGUAACCAGCUUUGCCCGCUCCCCCAGGGUAAGGAGCAUUUUUGAAAGGGCCCCUUACCAGGCCUGUUCCAGAGACGCUUCUGUAAGAGAUUCAUUCCUAUUAAGGUGCUGAUCCUUGCUGCCAACUCCUCACCCCACAACACAGCAGAUCUCCAGAAGAGACGCAGAGACACUUCUGUGCCCGUCCCCGUGCAGUACGUCACCCGGGUUCGUAGGCACAGCUAUGAACCCACACUUAGCUGUAAAAUAAUUUGGAAAGAUCAAGUGAGCUGCAUCCAAUGGCAUAUACUGUGAGUGGCUUUCUUUAAAGUAUCGAUGUAACUGUAACAAGUGACAUUACCUUUUUUUUUUUUUUAAAUAGUGUAUUUUUUCCUUUUUUUAAAAAAGAAAAAAAACAAAGAAUAUCGGUCAAUGAAUUUAAAAAGAAAAAAAUUUGCUUAUUUGUUCAUAUUAUGUUCAAAGACAGUCUAUUUUUUCACUGUAGAAAUGUUAUGUGUAAUGGCUGUGAUAUAUAAAAAAAAUGCAGUGCAAAUUGCUACUUCUACAUAUUGCUUUUCUACCAUUUAAAAGGUUUAACUUGCUCAUGUAAGAACAAAACGUCCGGUUUUUUUGGGUUUGGUUUUUUUGGGGGGUUUUUUUUAAUCUCAGACAUAUCGAGCAUCUCUGGAAGGGCGUGAGGUUAGCAGGCUGGCUUAGAUGUCGUCGUAGUGCCAACUCGCCCCCACCCUCCUGUGGCCACGUAGCCUGCCCUUGCCACGUUCGCCGGUUAAUUGGGAGAUUAAACAACACCAGUGUCUUACAAGUGAAGUAGAAAGACAGGAAUGUCAGAGCCAUGGCACACGUGCGCACAUGCCGUUUUUAAAAUCAUUCGACCAACAAAAACAGCGAGUAUGGUAAGAGCAGCCCCUGACUCUUCGCGCACUGGGCUGCAUAGAUGAUAGUCUAGCAGAUGUGCGUGAAAAAGAGGAAUCUUGUUGCCAAAGCGCAGCGAGGUGAGCAUGUCCUGAAGGAGAGACCCUGCCCCAGAACUGCUCUCCCUCGACUUUUCUUUCGUUUUCUAGAGGGGUCGACAUGGCCACAACCUGGUACUGCUGGGACGGACGCAACUCAACCAAACAGUGACCCCGAAACACCCAACCCCUUUCCUGUCUCCAACAAAAAAGAGGCUUCUUCGAGAUUUUACUUCCUAUUUGUGUGAAAGUUGCCCAAAUUUCUAAGUAUGUUGCAGCAAAAUCUUAACUGGGAGAGUUUAGGGGGAAAAA